GCCGGCAGUUCGACUGCUUCCAUCUGGCGGGUGGGGCACGGCCAUGGAGGGCGAGCCGCCCCCAGUGGAGGAGCGACGGCGGCUACAGCAGGAGCUUAGCGAGUUCGUGGAGAGCUGCUGCCGGAGGCUGGAGGAGGUGACGGCGUCCCUGGGCUGGAGCCUGGAUCGGCUGGACCCCGGGGAGGAGGCGGCAGAGGAUGAAGUUGUGAUAUGUCCCUAUGAUUCCAAUCAUCACAUGCCUAAAUCAUCUUUAGCAAAGCACAUGGUGUCUUGUAGAUUGAGGAAACUGGGCUAUACCAAAGAAGAGGAGGAUCAAAUGUAUAAUUCUGAUUUUUUCUAUGAGAAUGUGAAGAUACCUUCAAUUACUUUGAAUAAGGACUCACAAUUCCAGAUAAUUAAACAAGCUAGAACUGCAGUUGGAAAAGAUGGUGAUGGUUAUAAUCAAAGGAUUUAUUCUUCGUUACCUGUUGAAGUUCCUCUGAAUCACAAACGGUGUGUUUGUGAUCUGACCCAAGCCGAUCGUCUUGCCCUCUAUGAUUUUGUAGUGGAGGAGACAAAGAAAAAGCGCUCUGAUUCACAGAUUAUUGAAAAUGACAGUGAUCUCUUUGUAGACUUGGCUGCCAAAGUCAAUCAAGAUAAUAGUCGAAAAAGUCCAAAAUCUUACCUUGAAAUCCUGGCAGAAGUGAGAGAUUAUAAAAGAAGACGCCAGUCCUAUAGAGCUAAGAAUGUUCACAUAACCAAGAAAUCAUAUACGGAGGUGAUACGGGAUGUCAUAAAUGUGCACAUGGAAGAACUCAGCAGUCAUUGGCAAGAAGAGCAAAGAGCAGAGGAUGAUGCUGAAAAGAAUGAAGAAAGACGAUCAGCUUCAGUAGAUUCCCGGCAGUCUGGUGGAAGUUAUCUCGAUGCUGAGUAUUCACGACAUAGAAAGGAUCGGAGUAGGAGCCCACAUAAACGGAAAAGAAAUAAAGAUAAGGAUAAAAACUGGGACUCUAGAAGAAGGAAGGACAGGGAUGGGGAAAGACAUCAUAGUCAUAAAAGGAGAAAGCAAAAAAUAUAAUGAGGUAUUGGUGCAUGUAUUAAUUAUGCUUAUGUCAUGAUAACCAGCAUGACAGCAUUUUAAUUACAAUUUCUUUGAGUAGGAGAAUGUUUAUAUGACUUGUUUAGUGCUCAGAUCAUUAAUUUUCAGUAACUACUUAUGUUUCAAACCAUGAGUAUACUAUUAUGUCCUUUAACUUUGUUUUGCUUAUAUUUUAAUAGACGAUUGCUUCCUAUUACAGAUUUUGUUUCAUUCUUUGUGAUAAUUUAUGUAUCAGAAAAUUCUUUAAAGUCAGUACUUAAACUGUAUAAAUAAUACACGAACACAUUCUCAUUUUUAAAAAUGAAACCUUAUAGCUAAGGUUAACAUCCCCUUGGAACCACAAUCUGUAAUCCCUGUGGCCACCUCAGUAACUACGACUUAACCACUGCACUGGUGAAAUAUAGUAGGGAAAAAACCACCUAAAUAUCUGUCAGAAGGGGAAUGGCCUCGUUAAAUAAAAAAUGGUAUAGUCAUGUGGUAGAUUACUAUAUUGGAUUUAAAAGAGAUAAACUUUAUAAUAACAUGGAUAGAUCUCAGAAACAUAAUGCUAAGUGAAAAUAGCAAACUGCAGAAAAAUAUAUACAAGUUAUAUUUACGUACAAUAUAAUACUGUACAUUUUCUGUGACCAUGUAUGUAUGUAAAUAUAUUUUUAAAGCUUCAGAAGGACCAAUACCAAUCUCAUAACAGUAAUUAUUUGUGGGAGGAGGUAUAGAUGGGAGAGAUAUGGAAUGAAAACCAGGAUUGAGAGGGUGGUCAAAGAAAACUUCAGCUUUAUCCACAAUAUGUUAAGUUUUUAAAAGCAUUCAUCUUUCACUUGUUAAUUAAAGGUAGAUUUUAAUUAAAAUUAAAAAUAUACUGUCAUUUUCUUUUAUGUAAAUCAUCUUUAUUGAGGUACUGUUUAUAUAAAAUAAAAUGCACCCAUUUUAAGUGUACGUUUCAUUUGAUUUUGACCAACUUAGACCCCAGCCGAUGAAGUUGUCACCGUGAUCAAGAUAGAGAACAUUUCCAUCACCCCCCAAAAUUCUCAUAUACCCCUUUUACCAAUUUCUCUAGGCA